GUCCCACGCGCCGAGCUGUUGUCGUCCCGCCCUCGACGCUGCUAUGGCGGCAGCUCCGACGCUCUCCAAGGCUGAGUACCUGAAGCGUUACUUGUCUGGGACAGAUGCCGGCGUGGGAGGAGGUUCAGAGGCUGGUCGCAAGCGGCGCAAAAAACGGCCGAAGCCGGGAGGCGCCGGCGGCAAGGGAAUGCGUAUUGUUGAUGAUGAUGUGGGCUGGUCAGCUAUCUCUACCACUAGGCCGGAAAAGGAGGAGGAAGAGGAUGGAGAUUUGCCUGUGGUAGCUGAGUUUGUGGAUGAGCGUCCAGAAGAGGUAAAGCAGAUGGAGGCCUUCCGCUCCAGUGCCAAAUGGAAGCUUCUGGGAGGCCCCAGUGAAGAUGAACAUUUUCAUCAUGAUGACCAAGAUCCAUCUCCUCCCAGGAGAGUUCGUCAUGACACCCCGGAUCCAUCUCCUCCCAGGAGAGUUCGUCAUGACACCCCGGAUCCAUCUCCUCCCAGGAGAGUUCGUCAUGACACCCCGGAUCCAUCUCCUCCCAGGAGAGUUCGUCAUGACACCCCGGAUCCAUCUCCUCCCAGGAGAGUUCGUCAUGACACCCCGGAUCCAGCUCCUCCCAGGAGAGUUCGUCAUGACACCCCGGAUCCAGCUCCUCCCAGGAGGGUUCGUCAUGACACCCCGGAUCCAUCUCCUCCCAGGAGGGUUCGUCAUGACACCCCGGAUCCAGCUCCUCCAAGAAGGGCCCGUCAUGACACCCCGGAUCCAGCUCCUCCCAGGAGGGUUCGUCAUGACACCCCGGAUCCAUCUCCUCCCAGGAGGGUUCGUCAUGACACCCUGGAUCCAGCUCCUCCAAGAAGGGCCCGUCAUGACACCCCGGAUCCAUCUCCCCCAAGGAGGGUCCAACAUGAGUCAGAUGCUUCUCUCCGAAGAAAGUCUCAUCGUAAUUCUUCAGGUCUGUCUUCUAGGAGAGGCCAUCAUGGUUCCUCAGAUACCUCUACCUCGAGAAGGGCCCAUAACCACUCUCUUGACACAGCCCAGCAUAGGAGCACUCUUGAAACUUCAGAUGCACAGCAUCUCAGGAAGGCCCGUCAUGACUCCCCUGAUUUGGAACUGCCCAGAGCCAAAAGUAGUAAAGCUGCAGAAACACUUUCUAGCAAGACUGUGUCCCAGAGGGGCCUGGGACUCUCUCACUCAUCACUCUCCAGGAACAGCAAGUAUGAGCGUGACUCUGACCUUUCUCCUCCACGGAAACGGCAAGCAAAAGCCCAUAGUGGAGCUAAGAAGCAGCUUGAUUCUAAAGGUAGAAAAAAAGCCUCUGAUUCAGAUCUUUCCCCUCCACGGCAAAAAAAAAAUUCAAGGCACCAGAACUCCGAUUCAGAUCUGUCACCACCACGGAAUAGACCGAGACGCCAGAGCUUUGACUCUGACCUCUCUCCACCCCGGAGAAGACAGAGGACCAAAUCUUCCGAUUCUGAUCUCUCUCCACCUCGAAGGAGUCCCCGUCCCAGGAAGAAGGCUGCACACAUGUAUUCUGGAGCGAAAACUGGGUUGGUCACUGAUGUUCAGCGAGAGCACCAGGAAUUCAAGAAACAUGACCAAGACACGGCAGCCCUUGGAGCUCAGUUUGAAUUUGCUGAAACUGUGUUUCGAGACAAGUCUGGUCGUAAGAGAAAUUUGAAGCUGGAGCGAUUGGAACAGAGGAGAAAAGCAGAGAAGGACUCAGAGCGAGAUGAGCUAUAUGCCCAGUGGGGGAAAGGGCUUGCCCAGAGCCGGCAGCAGCAACAGAAUGUAGAGGACGCAAUGAAGGAGAUGCAGAAGCCUCUGGCCCGCUAUAUUGAUGAUGAAGAUCUGGAUAAGAUGCUGAGAGAACAAGAAAGAGAGGGGGAUCCAAUGGCCAACUUCAUUAAGAAGAAUAAGGCUAAGGAGAACAAGAAUAAGAAAGUGAGGCCUCGCUACAAUGGUCCUGCUCCUCCUCCCAAUAGAUUCAAUAUCUGGCCUGGAUAUCGCUGGGAUGGAGUGGACAGAUCUAAUGGCUUUGAACAGAAGCGCUUUGCCAGGCUCGCCAGCAAGAAAGCUGUGGAGGAGCUUGCCUAUAAGUGGAGUGUGGAGGACAUGUAACUCCUCCAAGGCUCUGUGCUGCUGUGGUGGUGGUGGUGGUGGUGGUAGCACGGAACAACCGGACAUCCAGAUCUAAUGGACUCUUGCUAAUGGACACAGACCAGCAACUUGCUGUCAGCCUGACCUUUGGACUAGGCACCUAACCUUGACUGUGCCCUUGCUGUCUGGCCGGCUUUGGCAGGACACAGUGACUUCUUUAUCCCAGGGUUUGUUCUUGGCCAGUGUUCUCCUUUUUCUUCUUAAAAAUAAACACAUUUUAUUUUUUGGUAA